UAUAAAUCAAUCCAAAAGCAUCUCACUUCAGAGUAAACAGACGGAAUCAAAUUUGAGACACUUAACAAACAGUCCGGCGUUUGUCAUUCGCUUGCUCCACUUGGACUGCCAAGGCAAACUGCAUGGUGAUUUGUAAUAAUACCCCGGCUCUUAUUUGCUGUCUAAUUGGACUAUAUAAGACCAAUAACAGGCGAGCGCUUACACUCAAGGCAAGCAGUCAAGGGAGGGUGGACUUGCUUUCAAGCCUGUCCCCUCUAUCUUCCACCGCCUCUUAAUCCCAUUUGCCAUUGUAGGUGAACGGUAGCCCUGCACUCCUCGCGUCUAAUAUCGGUGACAUUUUUUUUUUCGUCAUUUGCAUCUGGCACUACGCUGGCGCACCACACGAUUUUUUACCGCGGAUCUUCGUAAGACCUGGAUACCGACCGAUGCUACUUUUUAAAGGUUUCUGUUUACCGUCCCGGGCGUCUCAUUAAUUAACAGAACAAUCGACGCUUAAAACGGCACUCAUUAAAGGAAGCGAAGUUAAAAGCCAUUUGUUUUUAUUUUUUCUUAGCCACGAUUUCUUUCCCUUAACUUCUGUUUUUUUGGUGUGAGCUAUCCGGGCGUUUAGUCGCAAUGCCAGAGACAGCGCAAGAAAACUGUGCUCCUACUAAAGACUCGCCCUUCUCCAUUAAGAAUCUGCUGAACUGUGACAGCAAAUCCAGCAAACCCAGACCCCUGCUGGCUGCAUCCAAGAGUGUUUUGGACGGCGGCUUCUCAUUCUCUAAGGUCGGAGAUCUGAGCUUUCCCCGUUUUGAGAUACCCACGCAGAGGUUCGCGCUGCCGGCCCAUUAUCUGGAGCGAGCGUCCGCGUGGUGGUACCCCUACUCCCUCAGCUCUUCGGGCCAUCUACACAGGACAGAAGUUAACGAAAAAGCGAGCGUGAGGGAAUCCUCUCCAGCCUCGGGUACCGAUCGGGAUUCGCCGGAUCUAGUGCUCAAAUCCGACCCCGACUCCAAAGAAGACGACGGCAGCAAAAGCGCGGAUGAAAUCGUGCUGGAAGAGAGCGAUCUGGAGGAACCAAAGAAAGACGACGGCACGGAUGACUGGAAGAACAGGGACGACAGUCCGGAUAAGAAACCAUGUAGGAAAAAGAAAACGCGCACGGUCUUUUCCAGGAGUCAGGUGUUCCAGCUGGAGUCUACGUUUGACAUGAAGCGCUACCUGAGCAGCUCGGAGAGGGCUGGAUUAGCAGCGUCCUUACACCUCACAGAGACUCAAGUAAAGAUCUGGUUCCAGAACAGAAGAAAUAAAUGGAAGAGGCAGCUGGCCGCAGAACUGGAGGCUGCAAAUCUGAGUCACGCAGCGGCGCAGAGGAUAGUGCGCGUGCCUAUUUUAUACCACGAGAACUCGGCCUCGGAAACGGGGAGCGCAGCGGGCAGCGUUCCAACGAGCCAGUCUCUGCUCACAUUCCCCCACCCCGUGUACUACUCACACCCUAUAGUUACCUCCGUACCGCUGCUUAGACCGGUGUGAGAACUACUCCUUUUACACCAACAAAGUGUAAUUUUAAAUUUAUUUAUAUAAUCGAAUAUUCGAAAUAUUAUUUUUAUAUAGGCUAUAUAAAAUGCUUACAUUUUUAAUAGGGGGAAACGGCGUUGACAUUGCAGCUUGUAUUUAUUUGACGUGUGAAAAAAAAAUCACUGCAGAUUCAAUGUUCACAAAUUGUGUCAUUAUUUUAUAUAUCGUUGUUACUAUCAUUAGACGUACUGAUGUCAUGGUGUACGAUAUCACCUACUGCCGUUGAGUAUUUUAUUUCGUUAAGUAGCCUAAGUGAGUGAAAUUUUUACGAUGCAGUUUAUAGAGUUUAAUAACUGUUGUACAGCCUGCAGCUAUCCGAAACGUUCUUUACUAGAGUGACACCUAAUCAGGAAGGCGUUUGCUGCCGCAGGAUUUACAUCGGUUUUCCUUUUCGGGGGAGUAGUAAAAUAUGUACGUUUAAAUGCGUUUUUAUAUAAAACAAAAAUACAGACUCUGUAAAAUUUGUUUGGUGUUUUAUGACUGCAUGGAUUUGUUUUGUAAAGGGAAUUGUUAUCGGUGGCAUUCUAAUAUGUGUGCAAUAUUUGGUAUGUUGAGGUCAUGCACAGCACUCGACGAGCAACGGUGACCCUUCUAGCCGUUAUCGUGAUUCAGACUUUAAAAGUAUUCUACUGUACAUAUUGAGACUAAUCAGAAAUAUAGAAACAGAAUGAAAGACCGAUAAUAAACGUAUUUGUUUUUUUAUUGUUAUUAUUAAAGCGCUUUAUAACUGGAGACAAUCAAUUUUCUUUUCCCUUUCCCCCCACUGUAUAAGCUGUAUAUAUUUUUGGUUUGAUGUACUCAAUCAUUUGGAAUUUACUUGAAUUCAGUCAGGAAAUUAUCUUGUAUUUCAUUUGUGGUUUAAUACUGACACUAGGUUAUCGGUAUAUAUAUAUAAGCGAGACAAGGGGAAGAAGUUUUAAUUGACUUACCGUUCCCUUUGUAAAUGCCGCGACAUUUUGAUAGUGUACUGCUGAAUUAAGUUGUGAAAUAAACUGUUAACAUUCCAUACUCCGUUUAUGCUUGUUAAUUCUGUGGCUGACGGUUUGUCCUAUGUACGGGAUGUUAGGUUUUAAAGAUGACAGCCACCUGUUCCUUUCACGGUGAUAUCUAGACACCUGAAAGAUUUCCCGUCUUUUACGAAGCAGAUUUACGGCACCUAGAUUUAGGAUAUGAAAUCAGAAUGGAGAAGGGUCAUAAACUUUCUUUAAAACUGUAAUUAGAGAUGGUAUAUGGGUCAAUAACAACAACAACAGCAAUAAUAAUAAUAAUAAUAAUAAUAAUAAUAAUAAUACAUAUGAGAAUGUUACUUGUUUCUUUGUCAUUUAAUCAGUCAUUAUGCGUGUCCUUCUUAAGACGUUUGGUAACGUAGGCCUGUAGUACCGUGCUGGUGAUUUACCUAUAGUAAUCUCGGACUUCAAACUGCAUCUGUCACGUCUUCUCAGUCCGACAACAUUAAAAGUAUGAUGAAAUCUGAAUUGUUUUUAAAGCCAGCUGUUUGUCCGUAAAUACCACCGGCAUUUUCGAUUUUGCCUUGUUAUUUAUUGCCAUACUGUACGGAGUUAUUCAUCUUCAGGAUGGUUUAUGGCACUCAAUACAUUUUGUAUCCAUCGCGGAAUAUUUUUAAACCUUAAUUUUCUUACGGUUACCUACAUGGAUUUUAUAGAACUUUUCAAAUCCAAUCGCAAUAGCUACGCAUUUUUAAUAAUUUGCUCCUCGUUUUUUGUAUUAUAUGGAUUGACCUUAUAGACUCAUUUAAACAGUGUAUAUUACAUGUAUGUAAAGAGCUCCGUUCGUACUUCAUUCUUUUCCGAGAUGUAGGGUAAGGAGCUCGCUCAGUUAAAAAAUAUAAAUAAGUAAACCCCAAUUUAUUUUCAGUUUUGUAGCCUGUAUUAAUUAAACACAGUAUUGUGGUGUCAAUUAUUCGUUUUCAUUAACAGCAGAAUUUAAACUCUAGCUUCGACAGGGCCUGGUUCAGAAUUUAGAAUUACAUAGACAUGCAGCCUAAUCGCUCUAGGUCUUCCUACCCUUGCAUAAAGUUUCUGGUAAACAUAAAUGUUUAAUAUGCACACCAAGUUCCAUGUAUUCAAAAUGCCUUUAUAAUCUAAAAGGCCAAGAAUAGCAUAUCUAUUAACGUUAAGUUACGAUUUAAUGAAGAUAAAAUAUACAAUUUUAAUAUAUAAGGCUACAAUGGCAGUUCUUUCACAUUAAUUUAAAAUAUAGAUCACGAAAUUCACUCAGCGUAAAACAGAGCCUUGAAAAAUAUUUCUAAAAAUAGUUUCUAAAAAUUACCCCAGUUUGACGAGGUUGAUGUUGUAAAGUAACAACAAGAUGUAUCGUUGUUUUUAAAUACUGGAUCACCAGAUCAUUCAUUUUUUUACUUUUGAGUGACCUGUUUUAAAAGAAAUAUGUAAUACGCUUAUAUAGGGCAAUAAACCACAUUAACACAUAUUGCAGAAAUGAUUACAGAAACUAUGGGUUUUACGUAGCGACCUGAAUUCAGAAUUAAAACACGCUAGAUGUAAAACGUUUUUCACCAUUGUAUAAUAGAUAAAUAAAUUAGAUGGUAAGUAUGAGGAUAAUAAUGAUUAUCACGACUGUAAUAAACAUUAUUCAUUUAUAUUUUCAUACAUUUUGAUGACGUGCACGAAACCGCAAUGUGUAAGAACUAACGAAAUUAGGAAAGAUGUAACCUACUAUAUAAAGUCAGAAUAACAAGACUCAUUCAACUAAUGUCGUGAUAAUAAUUUAAUGUAUUGAGAUAUUAUACCAGGCAAGCCCAACGCGACCCCAUUAAAGCGCAUUAAUAGAUUGGUAAAACAUUAUGCUUCAGCUGGUAUCGAUCGAAAAACGGUGGGGGAACAUUGUUUUCACAUGAAAGCCAUUGUCCAAGUUUCAGCAGCGAUCGUGACCUUGAUGUGUUUGAAUACGUUUUAAUAAGUUUUCACUCUUUUCUGUAAUUCCAGUUUUUUUUCCUAUCAAAAUAUUCGGAGAACUGAAAUGAAUAACAUAAGCGAGAACUUGAAAGGCAAGUUCAUAGUUUUAAAUAGACCGCAUCAUUAAAUUAGAUUACCGGGCUCAAGUGGGCGACAGCAUCAAUUAUUUAGUUUUAACUCAGUUACCGCCAUGUCCCCAAUACUGUCAAAUCUCUUUCUCAGAAGCCAUUCACAUACGCAAUCAUACACUGAGAAUUUUAAAAGUAUAGGCCUACGUCACUACUUUUAUGUAACUGUACACGGGCUACAUUAAUGCACAGACCUCUUUUACCAGUUAAUUGGCAGUUAUUGUAGGUUACCACGUACAUAAAAUAAUAGUGUGUUUCCCACAGUGAGUAAUUUCUGCAUUGCAGGUAUAGGUCCGUGUGCAACAUUCAAAUCCCUUUAUUUCAAAGCUUUAAAUAAGUUUGCUUGACUUUAUAUUAGCCUGGAACGCUGUCGAUUUAAACCUAAAUUAUUUAGCCUACCAAUUCAAAUAGCUCAAUGUGAGAAAUUUGCGGUGUUUUCGGAAAUAAAAGUUCGCAAGUGACUGAGUUAAACCAUCAGAUUUUCAUCAAAGUUCUAUUAAGUGAAACAUAGGUUGUGGGGCAUUCUCUGAUUGAAACAGUUUAAAUUUUAAUUGUGUUUUUAAUUUGACAUACAGUUGCAGAAAAGAAUGACACCGCGACACCAAAGGGCGGUCGAUUUCCCGCGUCUCUCCCAUAGGAAUUGAUGAGUCUAUAAGGGCGGUGGAUUGGAAACCCAUUAAAGCUCAGUGGUUUAGUUGUUAAUUGGAACGUGAUGGAUAGAAGCCCUUGGAUGGGUUAGCCUGAUUCAAUCUGUAUAGCUUUCUGUUUCCAAUAAAUUACCCAAUUCAUUUCCAACCACAGAUUACAUAAACUGUAAAUUGUGUAC